UGCAUUGGCAGAUGUGAUGCCAAACAGAGGUAAAGAUCCAAUUUCACCUGAAGCUGCAGAGUUCAGUUACCGGCCAACGCAACCAUGGAGAAGGUGCUACUUCUCUUGCUCCUGCUAAUCCCGCACCAGCUUACCAACGCGGAAAGGAAUCCCCAACUGGAACAACUGCGGCAAUUGGGUUUGGGAAAUGUGGUCAAUGUACCCUUCUUCAGUGAUGUACCACAGAAAAACUAUGAUUUCAUAGUAGUAGGAGCUGGAGCGGCUGGCUGUACAUUGGCCGCUCGUCUCUCUGAAAAUCCCAACUGGAAUGUCUUCCUUAUCGAAGCUGGCGGAGUUGAGAAUAUAGUACAUCAAGUGCCCUUACUGGCAGCCCAUCUACAGUCUACUGCCUCCAAUUGGGGCUAUAAAUCUACAUCACAACGACUGGCCUGCCGGGGAAUGCCCGACAACAAGUGUGCCCUGCCGCGUGGCAAGGUUCUGGGUGGCACCAGUUCCAUCAACUAUAUGAUCUACAAUCGUGGCAAUCGAAGGGAUUUUGAUGGCUGGGCAGCAGCUGGAAAUCCCGGCUGGAGUUAUGAUGAGGUAUUACCCUAUUUCCUAAGGAGUGAGCAUGCCCAGCUCCAGGGAUUGGAGAACUCACCCUAUCACAAUCACAGUGGCCCUCUGAGUGUGGAGGAUGUGCGUCAUCGCACACGUCUAUCGCAUGCCUAUGUAAGAGCUGCCCAGGAAGCGGGUCAUCCGAGAACCGAUUAUAAUGGUGAAUCCCAACUGGGAGUUUCAUAUGUCCAAGCUACAACCCUGAAGGGCAGAAGACACAGCGCUUUUCGUGCCUAUAUAGAACCUAUCAGGUCUAGACGUCAUAAUCUUCAUAUCCUAACACUGGCUAGAGUUACCCGGAUUCUUAUUGAUCCAGCUACUAAAUCCGCCUAUGGAGUGGAGCUAAACCAUCAAGGUAGAACAUUUAAGGUGAAAGCCCGUAAGGAGGUUAUACUAUCAGCGGGUGCCUUCAACUCCCCCCAGCUACUGAUGCUCUCGGGGAUUGGCCCUGAAGAUAACCUUAAAGCCAUUGGUGUACCCUUAAUUCAAGCCCUGCCAGUGGGUAAGAAGAUGUACGAUCAUAUGUGCCACUUUGGACCCACUUUUGUCACCAACACCACGGGUCAAACUCUAUUUGCCGAACGACUAAAGCCACCAGUGGUUAAGGAGUUCCUUCUUGGUCGAGCAGACACUUUCCUGUCCAGUAUCGGUGGCGUAGAAACCCUCACUUUCAUCAAAGUACCCACAGCUCAGAGUCCAUCUACGCAACCUGAUAUCGAACUCAUCCAAGUAGCUGGCAGCUUGGCCAGCGAUGGUGGCACUGCACUGGCCCAAGGAGCCAACUUCAAGCCAGAGAUUUACGAGAAAAUGUAUAAGGAUUUGACACUGAGGCAGCAGGAUCACUUUAGUUUCCUCAUCAUGCACUUCAAUCCCGCCUCCGUCGGUCGCCUGUGGCUACACAAUCGCAAUCCACUCGAAUGGCCACGCAUCGAUCCCAAGUACUUCUCGGCUCCAGCUGAUGUGGAGCACUUGUUGGAGGGCAUUAAGGAAUCGAUUAGGAUUUCUAAAAUGCCAGCAAUGCAGGCUAUUGGUACUAGACUCCUGGACAAGCCAGUCCCUGGAUGUGAAAGUUUCGAAUUUGCCUCGGAUGAUUAUUGGAGGUGUUCUAUACGAACGCUUUCCUAUACACUGCACCACCAAGUGGCCACCUGUCGGAUGGGACCCGAAACUGAUCCCACAACUGUGGUCAAUCAUCAACUUAAGGUUCAUGGCAUGAAAAAACUUCGGGUGGUGGACACCAGUGUUAUCCCAGUGCCACCCACCGCCCACACAAAUGCAGCGGCAUUUAUGAUUGGGGAGAAGGCGGCGGACAUGAUACGAUCAGAAUGGAGUUGAUUAACUCCCAAAAAUGAAGAUCAUUUUUAGAGACAAACAGCGAUUUAUGUAAAGGGGUUAAUAAAAUGCGAGAGGAAAGUUGAAAGAAAGCAAACGGGUACACUGCAAGAAAAGUUUACGGUUUACAAGGCAUUCGAUACUAUUUUUUUUUAAAUAUAUAAUAAUCUAAUUAGGAAUCUGUAAUGUAAGAUCAAUCGUAUUUCAAAAAUAUUUCACUUUUCCAUGGGUUUUUCGAAAGGAAUCAUUUUGUUUCUAACUUUUUCCACGUAAAUUAUAAAAUUUCUAAUUAAUUUGUUUAAAUUGCAUUCUUUUUUUCUUUAAUAAAUAAUACAAAAAAAUGUCUUUUUGCUACAGAUUAAUAUCAGAUUUCUCAUAUAAAGUAAGCUAAAAGUGGAGGAAGAUUGCAAAACUUAACUUUGUUUUCAUUUACUAAUCACUUUUUUAAGUUCCUAGCUUAGUUUUCCAAACUUUCUUUAAGUGUAAAAUCAAACGGGGUCUUGGGAACGGUUUGGGUCAGUCCAAUUAAGACCACGUCAUGACCUAGCUUAAUAACUUCUCACCGAUCCGAUUCCGAUUCAGAACCGAUCCAGAGCUCAGUAAACGAGGCAACGCAAACGGGUUUAGGCGAAGUAUCAAGUUCAAUGCCUCGGGGCACAAAAAAAAUCUUAAUAGGGGGAGAGUGUAUGCCUCAUCGAUGAUGUAUGUAAGCAUAUAUGUUAUUAUUAUAUUUUAUAUAUAUAUAAAUAAAUAUAUAUAAAAAUUUGAAGUGCAUUUAGGGGCCCAACGCAGGGAGAGCACGCGCCAAAGUUAAACGAACCCGCAAAUGGCAGCCGGCAGUUAAAAAAAGUGAGAAUCUUGUCGUUCUCCCUUCACAUUUGGCCAAACCAGGAAAUAAGAUACAGCACUAACUUGAUACCCUGUAGUUUUUAGGAAUUCUUAAAUUAAUAUUAGAUUUUAUAUCAUUAAUAUUGGUUAUAUGAAAAGAAAUGCUUGUAUUAAUAAUAUAAUUCAACCUUUUUAUCUCUUAAUUUUUCCAAUAUUGUUCAUAAUCACUGCCCUUUCUCUCUGUGUACUUCUUAAACCACUCCAAAACUAGAUCAACUUUGUUUUAUCUUAAUGAUUUCAGCACCUUUACUAUGUUUUGAUGUCUUUCUAGGUAAAACUAUGCGAUUUUCACUAUUCUUUUUUGUUUACUGCUAAUUGGUGCUAAUUUUAUUUAAAUUUUGUUUAAAGUUCUUUAACCGGUUUUUGGCCAACUUUGAUAGUUCCCCUGGCUAUUUGGUUUAUCUCCUAUUUUUAGGUUUGUUGUUUUUUUUUAAUGGUUAAUUUCAUUCCUUGUUUGGGUUUCCAUUUCUCAGUUCAUUUGCUCUUCGAGCUUCAUUGGCUUCAGUUUGUUGGUUUUUGUUUUUUUCAUUCUUUAAUGAUUUUCCGUGUCGGUUUAGUUGGUUUUUUAAGCUAUUCUUAAUUUCGUUCAUUAGUUUAUUUCUUCCUGGGGUGAACUGGAGGUGUCAUAUCAUAGCAUUUGUAUCUUAUUUUCAUUCAUAUAUAUCUUUUGAUAUGAUAUUGAGUUUGGGUACAUUGAAGGUUUACUUAGUAUUGGUUUUUUAUAAAGUUUUAUUUU